AUGCCGUCCUUCGCUGAGGACCCGAGUGGUCCUGGCCCCGAAAGAGCGGAAAUUGAACCCAUCUCGGGCACGGGCUUGAACAUUCCCUCCGUCCGCAAAGUCUUGCAAGGAGGCCAGGCAAGUCCAGUCACUCCAUCCGAUGGACCAUGCGUGAAACAGUAUCGCGCACCAGUGGCCAAAGUGACCGCGAGGCCCCCGAUUCAACCCCUGCAAUCUGUGCCAUCUGGAUUGAGCAGCCAGUCAAGUGUCAAACAUGAAAGCCAAACGACGAAGCCAGCCGAGCAAUCCUCGAAAGAAGAGGAAGAAUCCUUGAGUUUGUUCCAUCAAGUUUCAGAAUGGUUGGAGCAUGAAAAGAUGAGACGCAAAAAUCGUAAAGCUCGGCGAGCCGAAGCAGCUGCGGGAGCCGGUGCUGCAGGGGCAGACGCUGCUCGUGACUCGGAGGAGACUUCCGUGGAAGAAUCGCCACGUUUGUCAGAAAAUACUUUUUCUUUGGACAAAUUAGAAAAGAUUCUCCUUCAGUAUUCGGGUACACACAAGGGGGACAGUCUGUCCUCCCUGGUGCCGGUCAAGCGAGCAACUCGACGGCGCCCUAAGGGAUUGCGACGUGGUUCUGCCUCAGAAUCCGAAUUCACCGACGUUGAAGCCCUGGUGCCCAGUGUAGAGGCCAUCCUUGAUAAUUCCAAGACUCUUGCUUACACUGGAGGCGCUGGUGAGGAGGACAGCAUGGACGGCAGCUCCAGCACGCGACGUCUCAAAGAACAAGAAGCCUGGCUGACUUUCAAAACUGAAAUCGUGCGCAUCGCGCAUACCAUGCAGCUUCGUGGUUGGCGAAGAGUAUCCAUGGAGGCGGCCGCGGACAUCAAAGUCAUUCGAUUGAGCGGUGCCCUGACCAAUGCAGUUUAUGUCGUGGAGCCACCCAAGCAGCUGCCUGCGCUGACAAAAGCCAGUACCGGGUCAUCCGCCUCUAUCCCGAGAAAGCCACCACCCAAGCUGUUGCUCCGGAUUUACGGUCCUCAAGUGGACCAUUUGAUUGAUCGCGAGAAGGAAUUGCAAAUAUUGCGCCGCCUGGGACGCAAGAAUAUCGGGCCUCGUGUGCUGGGAACAUUCCUGAACGGCCGCUUCGAGGAAUACUUUGAGGCUCGGCCGCUAACACCGCGCGAGCUUCGACUCCCCGAGACUGCCAAGCAGAUUGCAAAACGAAUGCGAGAGCUACAUGAUGGUAUUGAGCUACUGGAAGAAGAGCGGGAAGGAGGACCGGUGAUCUUCAAGAAUUGGGACAAGUGGGUGGAUCGCUGUGAACAGGUCACAACAUGGCUGGACAAGGAGCUUGAAUCUCCCCUGAACGAGAGCAAGGCGGCAGCUGAACCCUGGCGCCGGCGUGGAUAUGUGUGCGGGGUGCCCUGGGCACAAUUCCGAAAGGCGGUUGAGAGCUACCGUGUCUGGCUUAUUGCCAGUUGUGGUGGUAUCAAUGAAAUCAAACGGCAACUGGUGUUUGCCCAUAACGACACUCAAUAUGGAAAUCUUCUUCGCAUGGAGCCUGCCACGCAGUCACCUCUACUUCUGCCUGCCAACGAGCAUAAACAGCUUGUGGUCAUUGAUUUCGAGUACUCUUCCGCCAACACCCCGGGCCUGGAGUUUGCCAACCACUUCUCUGAAUGGUGCUACAAUUAUCAUGACGAGGAAAUACCUUGGGCCUGCAACAACCGCCUCUACCCUACCCCCGACGAGCCGCGUCGCUUUGUGGCGACUUAUCUCACUCAUCGUCCGGCCAUUCCGGGUGGUCCCACUUCCCCCCUGGCUUCUCCAUCCGGCACGCCCGCAAUGCGUGGAGGUCGGCCAACGGCCACUAUUGACCCGCUGAAUCUCGACGAAUGCGCCGAGAGUGGUGCUGGGGGGCAGCAACUUGAGGCAGUGGAAGAGGACGACCUCGACUCCAAGGUCCGAUAUCUCAUGCAGCAAACUCGCCUGUGGCGCGUCAUGAACUCGGCACAAUGGGUGGCAUGGGGGAUUGUGCAAGCCAAAGUCCCGGGAAUGGACGAGGGCAUUGCCGAGAUGCUCGCGGCCCAGCAGGAUGGCGCCGCAGAAGGCGUGAAGACUGACCCUGCGACCAAUGGCGACUUCAAAGCUCCACCUGUGGAUCCGGAAAUCGACGAGGAGGAAGAGACCUUUGAUUAUCUGGCCUAUGCUCAGGAUCGGGCCAUGUUCUUCUGGUCCGACCUGCUCGCUUUGGGCCUUGUCAAGCCGGAUGAGCUGCCGUCGCCUAUGGUGGAGCACAUUCGGGGCCGCAUUGUUGAUUACUGA